AGAGAAUCAAUUCUGCCUGAAAAAUCCGCGAAGCCUUCUGUAAUACAGCGGCUCUCACUGAAGGUCAGCCCGAAGUACGGCUCAAACUCUUCAUCUAACAGAUCUCCAACAAUCGACAUUGCCACUUUGCUUCAGUUCCCGACCUGUGGCAGGUCUCCAAUAUCGCUUUCUUCAUCGGCCCACGUUCGCCUCACGGCUCUUGGGACACCUUUACAUCAUGAGCGCGUCGCAACAGAACGGUGCAAGUGCACCAGACGACGACGAUGACGACUACAUGAAUAUGACCUUUGACGACCCUGCGCCCAUCAAAGAGUCGUCCUUUCAGCGCACACAACGAUUAAAAAGGGAGUCCCGCGCCAGAGGCAUCAUCAAAUCCAAAGCUCAGAUCGCCGAGGAGGAAGAAGCCGCGCGUGAGAAAGCGCUGUCGACAUCCAUGCUGGACGACCCACGGGCGAAGAAGAGCAAGGGCCUCGCCAUGAUGGCUAAGAUGGGCUUCACGGGCGGGGGCCUUGGAAAAAAGAUGGAGGACGGUCAGGCCCAGGGCAGGGCAGAGCCGAUAAAGGUCAGCGUCAAGGAGGACCGUAGCGGCAUUGGCUUGGAGAAUGAAAAGAAGAGGAAGAUGCGGGAAGCGGCCAAAGAGAGAGAUGUGAAGAUGGCCAAGCUGGAUCCAGAUGAAUAUCGCGAGCGCGUAAGGAGAGAGCGGGAGGAGGCACGCUUGGAGAAACAAUUCUGGGCGGCGCAACGCGUUGCCGAAGGCAUGGACGAGGAACAACCCAACAUUCAAGACACCAACCCGGAUGACGCCUCACCCGAGGAUGCCGAGUCAACAAAGAAGCCGCGCUCAAUAUCAUCUCGCCCCCUCAAGUCUAUCCCCGUGCUGUACCGAAGCCUCGCCCGGCACCGUGAGGAAAAAGAACGCGACCGACGGAUGCGGUAUGACCUCGAACAGUCACUCUCCCGGCUUCCUACGUAUGAGGAUGACAAUGAGGAUGAAGACGACAAGAAGGCCCUGGGUAAGGGACAUACGAUAUUUGCGACGGCUGAGGAUCUAGACGAGGAGGAUGAGGAGUUGGACGAGUUCAACGCAUUGGAGAUUGAGGAGCGAUUGAAACGGGUGCUGGAGUACCUCCGGGGAAAGUAUAGAUACUGCUUUUGGUGCAAGAUGGCAUACGUAGACUCGGAAAUGGAGGGAUGCCCGGGCCUAACGGAGGAGGAACACGACUGAAAAUCCAUGUCCAUGGCUGAAAGAGCGCAACAAGGUAACGCAGGCUGUUCAGACCUCUUUGUCAGAACAUAGGCAAUGUCAGGCUCUUACAAAGGCAUUUGUCCUCAACCAGCGAAAACUGCGGUUUUGUUCGCCAUGACAGGAUCUCAUUGUCGCUGCUUGUUCUAUGGUAAAGCUCUAUGAUCCAAACUCAACCGACAUAAAAAGGCAUCCUUCCGCAUAGCAUACGAGGGAUUGCACACAUCAAAAUCCCAAUUCAUUGCAAGAUUAUCACCACAUUUCACAAUCCCCACGAUC